AUGAAGCUCCUGCAAAUGGCGGUGCCCGUUGGGACGGAGCUUCGUCGCGAGGCUCUACUUCUCCGCCUACAACUGGGUCGUCUUCUUCAGAUGGUGGCCUGUACGAUUACACGUACCGUCGUACCAUCUCCAUCUGGGUGUAUAAAUAGGCGGUUUCACAUGCAAAUGCAUAACAUGGAUGUCCUUGUGCCACUCAUCUCACUCCUUCUGGUUGUUGGAGCCGGAGGAAGCAGAGCUAAGAAAUCCGAGAAUGCAGUGGGGUAUUGGCAAAGCGUGCUUCCCGAUACUCCCAUACCCCAAGCCAUACUCGACCAGCUAAUACCUCUUGCAGUGCGUGGCUCCCGAGACAGCACGGCUAUUGGUUCUGGUAACCUUAAGUUUUUCAAUGAAGUGCGGAAAAUUGGACAUGAUUAUGAGGGGGUCAAGUCAGAAGCUGGCCAUGUUCAUGUUGCAUCUCCAGUUGAAGAGGGCUUAAAGGAGGUAUCUGUGUCAUAUGGAUCCCAAGGUAAAGUAGAUCUAAAGAAGGGGAUAAUAGUGCCUAAGCAGAAAUUCCCUAAUAAUUUGAAAAAACUAUCAAUGACACAUCGGUCACAAUAUAGAGGGGAAUUAGAAAAAAUCGUUGCAGCACUUAGACAAAAAGUGGAGGAAAAUUUAAAGGAAGUGUCGGUAUCAUAUGGAUCAAAAGAUGCCGAGGAUCUGAAGGAAGUCUCAGUGUCAUAUGGGUUAAAAGGUGAAAAGAGUUUAAAGAAAGUUUCAUUAAACCCAAAGAAGAUCAUUGCAGCACAUAAACCACACAUAGGAGAAAAUCUAAAGGAAGUGUCUGUGUCACAUGGAUCAAAAGAUGCAAAGGUUCUAAAGGAAAUCUCGGUGUCAUAUGGGUUAGAAGGUGAAAAUGAUUUGAAAGAAGUUUCAGUGUCUUAUGGUGUAGAAGGUGAAAAGAAUUUAAAAGAAGUCUCAGUGUCUUACGGAGUUGAAGGUAAAAAGGAUUUAAAAGAAGUCUCUGUGUCUUAUGGGGUAGAAGGUGAAAAGGAUUUAAAAGAAGUCUCAGUGUCAAAUGGGGUCAAAGGCGAGGGUAUUCUAAAGGAAAUCUCUGUGUCAUACGGAGUAGAAGGUGGGCCGUAUUUAUAUAGGGCAGAACAAGAAAAGAGUCUAACUAAAAUAUCUGUGCCAUAUGGAAUAGAACAAGAAGGAAAGCUAAAGGAAGUCUCUGUGUCAUAUGUGUUAGAUGAAGGCAAAGAUGAACAUUUAUUGAAGCAAGAUGAAGAGGAUCCAAAUAAAGUUACAAUGUCAUAUGGGGCAGAACAUGAUGAAGAUGAUCCAAAUAAAGCAACAAUGUCAUAUGGGGCAGAAAAUGAUGAAGAUGAUCCAAAUAAAGCUACAAUGUCAUAUGGGGCAGAGCAAGAAGAAGAUCCAACAAUGUCAUAUGGGGCAGAGCAAGAAGAAGAUCCAACAAUGUCAUAUGGGGCAGAGCAAGAAGAAGAUCCAACAAUGUCAUAUGAGGCAGAACAUGAUGAAGUGGAUCCAAAUAAAGCUACCAUGUCAUAUGGGACCGAACAUAAAGAGGAUCGGAAGAAAGUUUUCAUGAGAUAUGGAACACAUAUAGAGGGUAAAAAUAAGCGCUCCAUCUUUGGCAACCUACUCCACAAACUAGAUGGAAGUACAUCAAGCAAAGUAACAGGAGGGGAAAGCCACCAUCACCACCAUCAGGUCGACGCCCACACGCACAGGAACAGAAGGCAGCAGCAGGCAGACGUGUUUUUCUUCCACAACAUGCUGCGGCCGGGUUCCAUGAUCACGCCGACCAUCCCACCGACAACCUCUCUGCCGAUGUUCCUUCCCCGCCACGUUGCGAGCUCCAUCCCGUUCUCCACUUCACGCCUCGCCGACAUCAUUGCGAUGUUCGCCCCGGCGUCACUCGCGAUGAGAAGGGAGAUCCGGUGGACACUGGACACAUGCGAACACCCACGAACGCUCCCGGGCCAGGCCGCACGCUGCGCCACCUCCCUUGAGUCCCUCGCGGACGUCCCGGCGUCGCUUCUCGGGACCCAGGACAUCCGCGCGUUCUCAGCUGCCAAUCUGCCAGUCGAAGCCCCAGGCACGUCAGCGCUGCGCAGCAGGUACAACGUCACCGCCUUGCGGAAAGUCUCCGGCGAGUCAGAGGAGAUCGUGACAUGCCAUGACCUGACGUACCCGUACGCCGUGUACUACUGCCACACAGCCAACCCGACGGCGGCCUACAUGGUGACGCUGCAGCUGGAGCCCAGCGAGGAGGGUGGAGCCGCCUCGCAGCCGGCAGAGAUGGAAGCUCUCGCCGUGUGCCACCUCGACACGUCGCAGUGGAGCCCGAAGAACCCGUUCUUCGAGCUGCACAGCGUCAAGCCAGGGGAUGUGGCUGUGUGCCACUUCCUCACCAAGCUCAGCAUCAUUUGGGUCCGGGCCGCCGACCAGGGAUCAGGCACACGUGCAUCCAUGUAGAAGGAAAGUUGAAACGCACGUGACGCGCGUGCGUGUUUUGGUGCAAACUCUCGGUACGGGUACUGUGUGACCUGUCGCAAUUGUUGUACCUGUAUUAUAUUAUUGUGCUUUACAUCAUGUAUACUACGUGCAGUAAUGUAAUGGAGUGUCCAACUGUGUCGCAACCAGUAGUGCGUGCAGUGAAAGUUGGUAUGGCAAGUAGUGUCAUGUACCUACAAUGUGAGUCCAGAUGGUACUUGCUAGUGGAGGACCAUUAUGUACUAUGUGUGUGCGAGGCACAAAAUGAUAUAUUGUACUGAAGUUAUUAUAUAACUAGAUGAUGCCCGGACUUGGAGUACGUAA